CAGGAGUUAGUUUGGGGUUAUUUUUUCUUUAUUUACUAUUUGUUAAAGGUCAGCGAAAAGGGUGGCUUAAGUUCGGGUUUUGUUUUCAUGUCUUCACAGUUGAACAACACAUGGCGGGGGGAAAGCAGCACAGAGGACCUUUCCAGGGGGUCCGCGUGAAGAAUUCCGUGAAGGAGCUCCUGCUGCACUUCAGGAGCAGCAAGCAGAUGUCCUCGGGUCCUGCCACCGAGGAAAGCAAGGCACAAGGAGGAUUGGUGAACUACGAACCAUACACAGAACUGAAGAGCAUACUGGGCCACAGUGGCAAAAGAAAGGCUCCUGAACUCCUUUCUGAUGGACCUUCUUUCAAACGCCAAGCAAAUGUUCACCCACAUCUCCUGACCCCACCCCAGACACCAACUUCUAUGGAUAGCAUGGAGGAGACACAUAAAACUGACCCAAAGCACGACAGCAGUUCUGAUCUGCUUCAGAACAUUAUAAACAUCAAGAACGAGUCGAGCCCCAUUUCCCUGAACACGGUGCAGGUGAGCUGGCUGCACUCAGUCUCCAGCCACGGCUCGCCCACUGAGCAGUACCAGGACAGCCCGGGAACACAGGCCUUCUCCCCAUCCCAGAAGUACCAAGCAUUCCAAGACCACACCAGCCAGCAUAUGCUUGAUCCUCCACAGCAUUACCAGUUCCCAGCGUCCCAGAACCAAGAUUUGUCACAGAGCUAUCCUUCAGAUGCCUCCCUGGACUACAGGCCAUUUGUUGCCAGUGACCAGUCUCCUGCCUACCAGCAGAACACCUUUGAGAGCCAUGAGCUGCAGUACUGCCCGUCACAGAGCUUCUCUUCCCUCUUGAACGACUCAGAAGGCUCGGACAACAUCUCCAGUCCCCUCCAGCUGAGCAGUGCCCAGCCGCAGGCCGAGGUUGCCCCUCACACCCCUAACUUCAGCUUGCUCUCCAGCAACCUCUGUGGUGGUCUGGAGCGCAGUGUCUCUUUGGCUGCUCUGAAUGUCUCUCUGCCUGACCAAAACAUUGCCAAAAGCACGACACAGCUGGGCAAGUCAUUUUUCCAAUGGCAAGUGGAACAGGAGGAGAGCAAACUGGCUAACAUCUCUCAAGACCAGUUCCUUGCAAAAGACGCUGAUGGAGACACCUUCCUCCACAUCGCUGUGGCCCAGGGCCGUCGAGCACUCUCGUAUGUUCUUGCAAGGAAGAUGGCUGCCCUGCACAUGCUGGAUAUUAAAGAGCACAAUGGUCAGAGUGCUUUCCAGGUUGCUGUGGCUGCCAAUCAGCAUCUCAUUGUACAGGACUUGGUUAGCUUGGGGGCUCAAGUGAACACCACAGACUGCUGGGGUAGGACGCCGCUGCAUGUCUGCGCUGAGAAGGGGCAUGCCCAGGUCCUCCAGGCAAUCCAAAAGGGAGCCAUGGGAAGCCAUCAGUAUGUGGACCUUGAGGCAACGAACUAUGAUGGUUUGACAGCUUUACACUGUGCAGUUCUGGCCCAUAAUGCUGUGCUGCAUGAGCUGCAGAACUGUCAGCCGCCUCACUCCCCUGAGGUCCAGGAGCUUCUGCUGAGAAACAAGAGCCUGGUAGAAACCAUCAAGAUCCUGAUACAAAUGGGAGCCUCUGUUGAAGCGAAAGAUCGCAAAAGUGGUCGCUCCGCUUUACAUUUGGCAGCCGAAGAAGCAAACCUGGAGCUCAUUCGUCUCUUUUUGGAGCUGCCCAAUUAUCUCUCUUUUGUUAAUGCAAAGGCUUACAACGGCAACACAGCCUUGCACGUGGCUGCCAGCCUGCAGUACCGCAUGAGCCAGCUGGAUGCUGUGCGCCUGCUCAUGCGCAAGGGAGCCGAUCCCAGUGCCAGGAACUUGGAGAAUGAGCAGCCAGUUCAUCUCGUUCCUGACGGCCUUGUAGGGGAACAGGUAAAAAAUUCACAACAGCCCUCUCCCUCCGUCUGUCCCUGUCCACACAAAAGCUGUAUUCCACUCCAGAAGUUUCUUUGAGGUUUUGAGUUGCAGCUUUCAAGGAAAAGAUUUAGCAGGUACCAUUUUAUUCUUUAGAAUUUUAGCUUCAACGUCAAGAUCAGGCAGAAUAUAAGAUCAGGCAGACCUGAAAUUUUAGAUUUCACAUGCAGCUUUUAUUUUUUUCAUCCUAAAAGCUUUUACCUAUCAAGAUAGGCUUUGUCUCUGUAAUGCUGGAACGUACUGGAGGCAAUACUCCUUCUCUUGCUCCUCUCAUUAUGGCCUGAGUUCAUGCUUUUAUUGCUCUUGUCAGAAUUAGUAGUGACAGUUCUUAGGCCUUAGUAACAGAUGAAGAAAAUGCCUUUUUCCUGCUUGAUGAAAAAACUGACUCUUGACCUAAGACUAGUAACUUAAGCACAGCUGAGUUGCUGACUGUUGCCUUUCGUUGGUUCAGGUGCUGUAAAGUGGGAUCAUUUCUGGUGUAACUGAACUCAGGAGCUAGGCUUGGAUAAAUGGAUGCAAAACUGGGUCUAGGGUGGGGAUUUUUCAGAUUGUGACUCACUUCAAGAUGAUGAACACUGUUUUUGCCCUUCUCUCUUCUCCAGAUAAGACGUAUCCUCAAAGGGAAGGCGAUUCAGCAGAGAGUGUCGCCAUUUUAGGCUCCAUGUUUCUUGGAGUUCAGCAACUUACACUCACUGUCAGUCAGGCAGUCCUAAUGAAUCUGUAAAUAGAGCAUUUGCCUGGUGUGGGCAAAUGUUAGUUGUUUCUAUGAAACAAAAGUAUUUUGUUCACUAUUAUAUAGUGGGUUAUAUAAGAGUAAAAAAAACCCAAACCCAGCAAUCAAAUUCCUCCAACCAAAAGGAAAUGCUUCAUUCCCAAGUAUGUGGAACAUUUUCCCAGCUACCUGUAUUUCAUAGCUAUGGUGAGACUGAUAUUGCUUAAACAGCCAUACAGAUAACUUGUAGACAAGGGCAAUUCUAUGGGAUUUUUUUUUUUUUUAAAUUUCAGAGAGGGCUGAUGCAGGUCAAAAUUGCAGAGAUUGUUGUUGUGUUUUUAGUAACACUUAAAUGCAAGAGAAAUAUUUUUGAAGUUGAACAUUUAUUUAUGUAACUUUGUGGCUUUGUUCCAGUAUCCUGUGCAGGAUUGUAUAUAGUCACUGACAUUAUUGUACAGCUGUAUAGUUGUAAGAAUCUACUGAUCAUUUGGGGAAGGAUCUGAAGAAACAAGUUCCUUGAUGUUGAAUUUGAAAAUUGCAUACAGAGUUUUAAUACUAUACUGGUGCAAAUCGGGUAAAUUCUGUUGUUCUGAAAGACUGAGAAUGGAAAGUAGAGUUAAGAUAGAUUGUCCCUGGCAUUGAUUUGUGUAUACUUUUGGAGUUGUUAAUAAAACAUGAAAAGCUGGGUUUCUUCAGGGGAUUGUGUCAGUUUUUCUUGUACCCAGUAGGGGUUUUUCUUGUGAUAGAGCAAUAGAUUGAGAGAGGAGGAUCAUGAUUUUUGUAUAUGUAUGUAACUUGUACUUUAAAGGAUAUGAUCCUGAUUCAUUGCAAGUGUUUGGCAUGCACUUCACUGUUGAUGCAUGCUGAAAUCUCUCAAUGUUAAUUAUAAUACUUCAAUAUGUGUAAGCCUCACUAGUGUUGGUGGGGCUUAAGCACAUGCAUAAGUAUCUUGCUGAAUUGGGCUCUAGUUAGUUCUAGAGACUGAAUGUUUUCCACCUCCUAAGCAGAGUUAGUCCAUUUAUGGUUUUACCUUAUAGGUAUAGUGGCUAGCAAAGUAAUAUUUGAAGUUAAGUUUUUCUAUUUUUUAAUAAUUAUUAAUGGGAAAUGUAUACUAAUGAUGCUGUAUACUCGUGUUCUGUUGGAGAAAACUUCCUCAUAUCACUUCUGAAUGAUCCAUGCUGGGCUGUAAUCCAGAAAUAUGUUCUCUGUAUGGUCUUUGCUCUUACACUGUUUCUUCAUCACAUGCAGUUCUCUGUUAUAACCAUUUAAUUAGUCUGAUUAUGCUGUUUUGGCAAAGUAUGUCUUGUAGACAAGCUAAAUGAAAAAUCUGAUAUGCGAAGGCUUAGUUGCAAUGUAUUUCUUGAAGAGUUAUGUGUAACUUGUGUUUGAAUAAACAUGUUAAUUCAGU